AACCUUCCCUACGGCGGCAUGGCGUCAAAGGAGACUCUGGGGCUAAGGAACAUACGUACUUGUGUAGUUUAGUUACUCUAGUACGGAGGAGUGGACUGUACACUUUUUGAACAACCACCACCACCACCACCUCUAAUCCACGCAUCUCAGACAACUUCUUGAUUCUCAAGACAUCGCCUGUUUGUUUGCGCUCACUGUCAUCAUAUCUGCCACUUACACCGCACGCCUAUAUAAGAACACGAUGCUUAUUUGAUUCUCGCCACAUAUAGAGGGACGUUUUAUAGCACCAAACAGGUGUCCAGAAGUUCUCCAAGAUGUUAGACGGCCUCUUCAUCCUGCUCGUGCUGAGCGUGGUAAUGGCAGUAGCCUCCUUCCUAGCAGGCGCACUACCUCUCUCCAUGAGCCUCUCCCAAUCCCAACUGCGCCUACUAUCCGCCAUCGGCAUGGGCGUCCUCGUCGGCACCUCUCUCGUAGUAAUCAUCCCCGAGGGCAUCGAAGCCGUCUACGCCUCCUCAAUUCCGGUCGUCCACACAAACGGCGCAAGGGCACCACCACACCCCCUCCUCACCCCACGAACCUUCGACAACCCAACUUUCUACGAAGCCGCCAGCGCCCUCCCCGGCCCCGUAAUCCCAGUCGACACCAGCAUCUUCGAUCGUCGCGCUGACACCACCACCGUCGCUGACGCAGUGCACCCCCCGCCGGGCCCAAUCGUGCCUGGAUCCUCAAACCUCGAGGACUUCCCCACCAUCCACAACGACGACGCGCCCCUCAGCACCACCACCGCCUCCUCCUCCACCACAGCCCACAACCACGCAACCGAACGCUCUCCACCAACAUUCUACAUAGGCUUCUCCCUAAUCACCGGAUUCAUCCUCAUGUUCCUCAUCGACAAGCUCCCGCGGCACGCGACCUCGACCCUCGCCUCCCCCCCCACACGGCACAUAAGCCUCAACAACCUCUCCGACACCACCCCCGCCUCCCCCAUCUCCUCCGACUCCUUCCUGCACUCCCUCGCGCCCUCCCCCAAGCAAACCCGCAGUCUAGCCACCACAACGGGGCUAGUAAUCCACGCCGCCGCUGACGGGAUAGCCAUGGGCGCCUCGGCCACGUCGUCGAAUACGAAGCUGGGGUUUAUUAUUUUUCUGGCGAUAAUGCUGCAUAAAGCCCCCGCGGCAUUCGGACUCACCUCCGUCCUUUUGAAACAAGGCCUCUCCAAACGCGCCGCGCGAGGGCAUCUGAUAAUCUUCUCCCUCGCCGCGCCCAUCGGCGCUUUAACAACCUGGCUCCUCGUCAACAUCACCGGCGGAGGAGGGGGCAUGGAGGGCGAAAACGGACAAUGGUGGACUGGGAUGCUCCUCCUCUUCUCAGCGGGCACGUUUUUGUAUGUUGCUAUGCACGCGAUGCAGGAUGAUGCCGCGGGACAUGAUCACGCCUCGUCUUCCACACUGAAUGGGUUUGGUGAUGGUGGUGGUGGGGGAGGAGGAGGAGGGGGGAAGAGGGGAGGGGGCCCGGUGUUGAGGGAUACGGUGGCGAGUGUGGUGGGGAUGUUGAUUCCGUUGGUGACGCAGGUUGGGCAUCAUCAUUAGAUGUUGUUUAGUAGUGCGCGGUUCUUUAUAUUGUAGAUAGUUGGUAGUAGUCAGUGAGUGGGCUUUUGGGAGUUCUUGGAGCAAAGGGUCUGUCCUAGAUUGGACAGGGUGUGGGUUUGAAAAGGUUGCCAUGUGCGAGGUGGCAGCGUGUACUGUAGUUGUCUAUGGUAUUUCUGUUACUAAAGCUGUUGUUUGUCGUGGUAACACGUUUAAAUGGUACUUCUUCACACUUCACACAUUGUUAUCUACAGUUUUCAUAACUUUGUGCCAUACAUGUUAUCACGGCCUACACAGGAUGGACGUCAAAGUAGGAGACAAAGGAGCAUAUAUUCUACGAGUCCGUAGUACGUCUCAUCCACCGUCCUCCCCCUCAUAAACUCCGGCUCACUCC